AUGACAUUAUUGAAAAGAAAAUCCCAAAAUUGUAGUGGAAAAGGAAAUUUUAUCAAUAAAAAUAAGCAAGCUUGUUAUAAUCCAGAAGAAUAUUCUUCUGAUAGUUCUGAAAUUACUGAUGAAUUUAUAGGAGCUCAUUAUAAUAUU